AUGGCGUCUCCGCGGAGGGGAACGAUAUCGUCGCUUCCUUUCCAGCUCGUGGAUGCGGUUGCCCUGUUGGCGGAUGAGACAGUUCAUUCUGGGGUCGAGUCUGCUCGUCUUCCCCGUUCUGAACGUGUCCCUCGGGAGGAACUUGUUCGACAUUCUAAACUUGCUGAAGGCUUUGCACAUGUUGGAUGUUCUGAAUUUGUUGCCUUCGGGGUUGCGAGGUCUCAUGUCUCGGCCUUCUCUGUACAGCAAGGGCAUGUUGUGGUCCUUCCUGCCGACGACGAUUCGUCCCCUCGCGGGUGGAAUCCUCGAUCAGUUGUUCCAGGAGGAAGGGAUCAGGAUCAUCAAGCAACUUUGUUCGAUAACAGAAUUAUAAAAAUGAUUAACAUGAUGUUCUUAUUGAUUUUGUUUUCAACGAUUGUUACUAGCCUUAGAGUUGAUGAUAGUAAUAUUACAUUGAAGGAAGAUUUUGAGUUGGAAAAACACCUAAAACUUAUGAAUAAGCCUCCUAUCAAGAGUAUUCAUACAGAAUAUGGAUAUAUAGUUGACUGUGUUGAUAUUAAAAAACAACCCGCUUUUGAUCAUCCUUUGUUAAAGAAUCAUAAAUUACAGACACGGCCAAGUUUUUACUCAAAAAUAGAAAAUGGAAGUGUGAAUAUUUCACCAACUAAAACAAGAUUUGAACUUCAUAAAGUCACUUGUCCUAAAGGGUCUGUUCCAAUUCGAAGGACAACAAAAGAAGAUCUCAGCCGUGCUAAAUCUUUAUUGAAUAAUAAUAUUUUAGAUACAAGUGGUACUCACAAAGCGGAAGUAUAUCUCAAAUACCUUGGUGGUCAAAAUUAUUAUGGAAUAAUGGGAACUACUAGUAUUUAUAAUCCAAGAUGUAGUAUUGCUCAAUCUAGCGCAUCCAAUGUAUAUGUCCGAAAUGGAGAGGGAGGCGCUGUUAAUGAUAUUAGUGUUGGAUGGCAUGUAUUUCCCCAUUUAUAUGGCAAUGAUCGAACAUACGUUUACGCAGUAUGGACGUCAGAUAGUUAUAGAAGCACGGGAUGCUACAAUUUCCAAUGUCGAGGUUUUGUCCAAACCAACAGUCGAUAUCACCUUGGUGCAGCUGUGCCAAAAACAUCUGUAUACCGUGGUGAAAUUGUAGAUAUGCCAAUUAGUAUUGUUCAAGAUCAAAGAACUAAAAAUUGGUGGAUAAACAUUAAUGGUCAAGCAAUUGGAUAUUAUCCACAAGCUUUAUUCAACAACUUGAAAACAGCUAAUCAAGUGGGAUGGGGAGGAGUCACAAUGGCUAUCGGUGCACCUAGCCCUCAAAUGGGAUCUGGAUCCUUUCCUGACCGGAACUUUGAACAUGCAUGUUAUUUUAGAAAUAUUGGAUAUAAAAAUCAAACUAAUUCAGCCUAUUAUGGACCAGAUGAGUAUGCGGCACAAAUUUACCAUGACGUCCCUCAAUGCUUUGGAGUUAACUACUAUGGAAAAGAAAAAAAUCCAUAUGGAUAUUCUCUUCAAUUUGGAGGACCGGGUGGCCAAUGUUAAUAAUAGUGUAUAUCUUAAGUAAUUUGAAUAAGUGA